AUGGAUACGAUUCACAAGACGGACAUAAUCCUAAAGGAACAAAGCUCUGCAAAUACAAAUGUAUAUUACAUUCAUAUCAAACAAGAGAAGACUAGUCUGUACCCGAAUGUAAUUAUGAGAGGAACAAAAUUAAUAUUGAUGGAGGUAGGAAAUGUAAAAUUUCUGGAUUCUCUCAAUUAUUUUCCUAUGCCUCUAACUGCUCUACCCAAGGCGUUUGAUUUGAAAGAGCUAAAGAAAGGAUACUUUCCACAUUUAUUCAACACUUUGGCUCAUCAGAAUUAUGUAGGGCCAAUUCCAGCGCUCGACUUCUACGAUCCCGACCAUUUAAAGGAAGACGCUCGGGAAAAAUUAUUAAAAUGGCAUGGCGAAAGACAAGCGGAGGGAUACGUUUUUGAUUUUCAGAAAGAAAUCGUUGAAUACUGUAUCUCCGAUGUGGAAAUAUUGACACAGGCGUGUCUCAAAUUUCGAGACCUGAUGAAAACCGAAACCACAGUCGAUCCCUUCCAGGAAAGCACCACUAUUGCAUCAUGCUGUAACAAAGUCUUUAGACGCAAUUUUUUAAAACCUGAGACGAUCGGGAUUCUACCGAACCAGAACUUAUAUCACCCCGUUUUACCGUCAAAAAUGAACAACAAAUUGAUGUUUGUUAACUGUCAAAAAUGUGGUGAAGAUUUCGUUCGAGAAGAGUGUCAGCAUUCUAUUCAAGAAAGAAGCCUAAAAGGAACUUGGGUGAUAGAAGAGGUGCUCAAAGCUAUUGAAAAAGGUUACCAGAUUAUAGAGACUUACGAAAUAUGGGAAUACGAUACAAUUCAGCUCAGUAAAGACCAAGAGGGGUUAUUUAGCGGAAUGAUGAACAAGUUUCUACAAAUAAAACAACAAGCUUCAGGAUGGCCCAAACAUUGCUUAACGGAUGAAGAAAAAAACCGUUAUAUUGAUGCAUUUUUGGAUAGAGAAGACAUAAAGCUGGAAUUUUCAAAAAUUAUAGAGAACCCCUGUUUGAGAUCGUUAGCUAAACUUAUGCUGAAUUCCUUUUGGGGUAAAUUUGCUCAAAAAGAAAACCAAAACAAAACCUCAAUAGUCAGAGACUGUGGUGAAUUCUUUGAUAUGCUGACUAAUCCUUCUAUUCAUGUAAAUACAGUUCUACCGGUAAACGAAGAAACCCUUCUCAUAACUUGGGAAUUUAGAGAAGAGGCCUAUGACGUUUCUUCAACGGUUAACGUUGUAUUGGCUUCAUAUGUCACGGCCCUAGCUAGACUAAAAUUAUAUUCAUUCUUGGAGAAAGUGGAAGAAAGGGCAGUUUACGUAGAUACAGAUUCAUGUAUUUAUAUCUCUCGUAAGGGAUUAGACGACAUAUCUACAGGCGACUUCAUAGGUGAUAUGACCGAUGAGCUCAAUGGGGGUUUCAUAUCAGAGUUUGUUUCUGGAGGACCUAAGAACUACGCCUACAAAUAUACUACUUUGUCUGGAGAGGAACAGAUCGUAUGUAAAGUAAAAGGCAUAUCACUCAACUACAAGGCAUCCCAAGUAGUCAAUUUUGAGAAAAUAAAAGACAUGGUGCUGAAGAAAUCUGAUCCUGUUUCUGUACUUUCUCGACAGCUACGACGUACAAGAGAGCAUGCAGUAGUAACAGUCGAGUUUCCUAAGGUAUACAAGAUAACUUCAAUGAAAAGGAAAUUCUAUGAAGAUCAUACCUCUGUACCAUUUGGAUUUAAGAAAAUAAAGUAUUGA